AACAUGGAAACACAGCUUUCCAGACCUGUCCCAAAUCAACGAGAAGAUAGAAAUAAUAGAAAUAAUAACAAACAGAAUCACAAUGAAGCUCGGGCUGCAGCUGGAGGAAAACCUGACAGUAGUCAGAUUGUUGGGCGACUGAUGCAGAUACGUGACUACAUCAAACAAGCAAGCUCCAUGAUGGAUUCGCUUAGAAAAUCUGGUGAUCCGUCUGACCAGCAAAGAUGCUUUCAAUUAAGUAAAUUACUGUAUAACAUGAGAGAUAGAGAAGCGGAGGUAUUACAGAAUCUUACCAAAUUAUGGUCAGUGAGAGAGGAACCAGAUGUAAAUGAUGCUAGUCGUGAAAUGACACCAAACACUGAACCACUUGAUGAUACAAGAUCUGUUGAUCUUGAUAUACAGUCAGAAGUUUCAGACAGGGAGGAGAGGUCAGUGAGUGCAUCAUCUAGGCCAAGAAUUGAAGAUAAUCUUGGCUUGACUUCUGAUAAUGAUGAUGAAGUAGAAGAAGAAGGUGUCCCCUCAGAAACAUCUGAUAAUUCUAGCACUAUGGAUGAUACUGUGAUAUCUGCUAGGAAAAAAGAGCUGGAUUUUGAAUUGGGAGAAUCUGAGGUUUGUUGUAUCUCUUUUCAUAUUGAAGUUAAAGGGCCUGCCAAGUAAUAUAAGCAAGUUAAAUUGAAUCAAAGGAAUAAGUCAGCAAAAUUCCUUGUAAAAUGCUGAAGGAAAAAUUUAAUCAAUUGAUUGAUUUAAAAAUAUAAUUGUACCAGCUAUAAGUUUAUUGUCAAAACAUAUUUGUGUUUUGGCUUUUGUGCCAAUUGUGUUUUUUUGGAGUCGAAUUCUGUUUUUUUAGGAAGGGUUUUGUCGAGCCUGCAUGCAGAGAGCUUGACAAAGUUGUCAAAAUGGCGCUUCGGUGUAUGUCAUUGUUCGUUAGUUUGUCCGGAUUAUGCUUGUUCAGGGCGUAACUUUGUCAUUAGUAGGCAUAAUUUCAAAUAACGAAACACAAAUAUUACACCAUAAUGAGAUGGUGUGUCAUGCGCAAGAACUUUGUGGCUAGGUCAAAGAUCAAGGUCAUACUGUAAGGUCAAAUUUUGAAGAUUGGUUUUAUUUGGAU